AUGAACUGGCUCAAAUCGACUCUCUCCGCCGUGGUGGGCACCGAGGAGCCUAUCUAUGGCCCUGAGGCCAUCCAGUCUGUUGCGCAGCAGACGGAGACUACUCCUCAUUCCGAGGUAAACAAGGAUCUCUUGCGCUGGCGCGCAUACUCCUACACCAAUGUCGAGACCCAGACCUUCUACAUUAUGGCAGACAACGGCACAGUAGUCUUCGUCCAGGUGAUCUACAGCAACAUUGUCGGAAUCCACACCACUGCCCAGUUCAACGUGAAGAUUUUCGACAUCAGCGGAAAGGGCGACAACAAGUGGUUCUCCGACCCUGUCCACAACUUCAUGUUUGAUGAGCACAUGCUCUCUUUCGGUGCCGACAACCUGGCCGUGACCCUUAACGAGGAGGGAAACACCUACAACAUCAAGUCCACCGUCAACAACGGCAGCAUCGUGGACCUCAAGUUCACCCAGACCGCACCUGGUUUCGUCGUCGGCAAUGACGGCACUUCGUACUUCGGAACCGACCCCAAGAACCCCUGGGGCUCUAUGCGCCAUGCCUUCUGGCCUCGCUGUUCCGUCGAGGGUAACAUCGCCACCAAGGACCAGACCUACGAUCUGACCGGUCGUGGUGUAUUCAUCAUGGCUCUGCAGGGCAUGAAGCCUCAUCACGCAGCUGCCCGCUGGAACUUCAUCAACUUCCAGACCCCCACUUACUCCGCCAUUAUGAUGGAGUACACUACUCCUCCCUCUUACGGCUCUACCAAGGUCAACGUAGGAGGUAUCGUCAAGGAUGGCAAGGUCAUCUACGCCGGCACCACCAACGUCGUUACCCACACAGAGACCGGCCAGGACGAGGGCAGUGAUUGGCCCGCACCCAACGCGAUCAAGUGGGAGUGGAGCGGCAAGACAACCGACGACAAGGAGAUCACAGCCGAAGUCGACGGCGCUCUCGGUUCCCGUCUUGAUCGUAUCGACGUCAUGGCCGAGGUUCCCGGCUUUAUCAAGAGCAUUGCUGGCAGUGUUGCCGGUACUCGGCCUUACAUCUUCCAGUACUCCCCCCAGGAGAAGCUCUCAUUGAAGAUGAAGCUCGGCGACGAGGAGAUCACCGAGGAGGGAACUAUGUUCUCCGAGUCCACCUUCAUCUCGUAA